AUGGCAGAGUUUAACUGCUCUUAUAGGAAGGCGUUGCAAGUAUAUGUUCCGCCAGAACCCGCCCCUACACUGCGCUCAGAACGAUUUAAUUUAACUUCACCGGCAAGCCUUAGUGUGUUUCCCGAGUCCGUACCUGAACACGUACCUUAUCAGUCACAAGACAUAAACGUUAUUUCCUAUGCAAGCGUGACCCGAGCGCCGCGUUGUGAUAGUAUCAUUCGACAAUCACAACCUAAGCAACCGGGCUCAACGAAUGUUUCUCAAUCAUUAGAACAGAGACCCAAGAAGAAAAAGAAUAAGAAAAAGAAACAAAGUCAAAAUGAAGGGUAUAACAGGGAUGUAUCUUCGGAAUCAGAAACAAUGAAUAGUAAUUUAGUCGAUGAGUCGGAAAAUGAAAUUCGGUUGAGAAAUGAGAGAAAAGAGAAAUGCAGAUCUAGUUUAAAUUUGAAGCAAUUGCUUGCAAAAUUAUAUGCAUUAAUUUCUAACUCACAAGAAGAUUUAAAGAGUAGAAUAAUUCAAGGAGUGUCACUAUGCAUUGAAUGGUUGGUAUCGAUAGUGGGGGAAUAUAUCUGGGACCUUCCUUUUAAAAAAAUACUCGGUAAGUUAUGGGUAUAA